CACCCUCCUCUCGCUCUCUCCCUCCUCCCUGCCUGCCUCCCGCGCUGCGCCUCCGGAGCUCCCUGGGCAGGAGAGGUGAAACCCGCCGCUCACCCCCCAGUCUCCAGGGCGGCGUUGGCACUUGGCAGCUGCUCUGAAAUGAACCAAGGCUCCGCUUGAAACUGGCCAGGGCUCCGGCGGCCGGCUGCGGCGGUCGCUGGGCGGCCAAGCUCGGCCGACCCGGCCCUGGGCUCCGUCUUUCGCCCGACUUACUCGGCCGGGGGCCACUUUCGGCCCCUGGCUGGAUCCCUCGCCCGCCUCCUCUCCGGUGCCUGGCGGUGCGCAGCAUCUCCUUAAAAGGCGACCGCCGCGGCUCCUGUCCAAAGCAGCAGCAGCCGCCGCCGCGUUGCCUGGAGUUGGGAUACAGGCAGAGAAGCUCCCCGGCGCCGACUGAAGAGCCAGCGAGGGGCGCGCGCGCGCACCCCCGAAGGGGGCCACGGGAGAGCCGGCAGCGGCUUGGCAUUUGGGCAGCGCGGCGGCGUCAGGCGAGCAGGCGCGCCCUCCCUCCCUCCCGUCUUCUUUCCCUCCCCGCCAGCUGCCGCCUCGCGCCUACUUAAGGGCAGCCGGAGCAGCACGAGGUCACGGCGGCCAACUCCGGCGCGCCGCGGACUGCGGAGUUGCGAGCAACUCUGGCGGCGGGGCCGCAGUGCCGUUUCCAAGGACACCGGAGUUCCCAGAGCAGCCGAGUCCGCUCGCCCCGGAGCCGGAGCAGGGAUGGCGCGGUGACUUCGCCGGCAGUGCUCUCGCGGUGCUCCGAUCGCUCUUUGCCUUCUGCCCUGCGAGCCCCCAGCCCGGACCACCGCCGGAGUCAGCCCCGCGCAGGAAACGGAGCCAUGCCCGGGACAGGGAGCUUUCUGCUGGCUUUCGCGGCGCUUCUGGGGCUCAGCUGGACGGCUGGCGGCUGGGUGUCGGCGGCGGCAGCCGGGGCGGAGCAGCAGAUCCCCUUGUCCGUCGUCAAACUCUGGGCCUCUGCUUUUGGUGGGGAGAUCCGAUCUAUCGCUGCUAAAUACUCAGGUUCUCAGCUCCUGCAGAAGAAAUAUAAAGAAUAUGAGAAAGAUGUUACCAUAGAAGAAAUUGAUGGCCUUCAACUUGUGAAGAAACUAGCAAAGAAUAUGGAGGAGAUGUUUCAUAAAAAAUCUGAAGCUGUGAGGCGCCUUGUUGAAGCUGCAGAAGAAGCUCAUUUGAAACAUGAAUUUGAUGCUGAUUUACAGUAUGAAUAUUUCAAUGCUGUUCUUAUUAAUGAACGAGAUGAGGAUGGAAACUUCCUAGAACUUGGAAAGGAAUUCAUCCUGGAACCAAAUGAACAUUUUAAUAACUUACCUGUGAAUGUCACUUUGAGUGAUGUCCAAGUGCCAACCAAUAUGUACAACAAAGACCCUGCUAUUGUGAAUGGAGUCUACUGGUCUGAAUCGUUAAACAAAAUAUUUGUUGACAACUUUGAUCGUGACCCUUCCCUCAUAUGGCAGUACUUUGGAAGUGCAAAGGGCUUUUUUAGACAAUAUCCAGGUAUUAAAUGGGAGCCAGAUGAAAAUGGAGUCAUUGCCUUUGACUGCAGAAAUCGAAAAUGGUACAUUCAGGCAGCCACUUCUCCUAAAGAUGUAGUAAUUUUAGUUGAUGUCAGUGGCAGCAUGAAAGGACUCCGUCUGACAAUUGCGAAGCAAACUGUGUCAUCUAUUUUGGAUACCCUUGGAGAUGAUGAUUUUUUUAACAUAAUUGCUUAUAAUGAAGAGCUCCAUUAUGUAGAACCAUGCUUGAAUGGAACAUUAGUUCAAGCUGACAGAGCCAAUAAAGAGCACUUCAGGGAGCACCUUGACAAACUUUUUGCAAAAGGGAUUGGAAUGCUGGAUAUAGCUUUAAUUGAAGCUUUCAACAUGCUAAGUGAUUUCAAUCACACAGGACAAGGGAGUAUUUGCAGUCAAGCCAUAAUGUUGAUUACAGAUGGUGCUGUGGACACUUAUGACGCAACAUUUGCCAAGUAUAACUGGCCAGAUAGGAAGGUUCGCAUUUUCACUUACUUGAUUGGAAGAGAAGCUGCUUUUGCUGAUAACCUCAAAUGGAUGGCAUGUGCCAACAAAGGGUUUUUCACUCAGAUUUCUACUCUAGCUGAUGUGCAGGAAAAUGUCAUGGAAUAUCUGCAUGUGCUUAGUCGACCCAAAGUGAUUGAUCAAGAGCAUGAUGUGAUAUGGACUGAAGCCUAUGUUGACAGCACUCUUCCUCAGGCUCAAAAGCUUGCUGACGAUCAGGGACUGGUUUUGAUGACCACUGUUGCCAUGCCAGUAUUUAGUAAGCAAAAUGAGACUAGAUCGAAAGGCAUUCUUCUGGGAGUUGUAGGCACCGAUGUCCCUGUGAAGGAACUUUUAAAGACUAUUCCAAAAUACAAGUUAGGUAUUCAUGGAUAUGCAUUUGCAAUCACAAACAACGGAUAUAUUCUGACUCAUCCAGAACUCAGGCCUCUGUAUGAAGAAGGAAAAAAGCGAAGAAAGCCAAACUAUAGCAGCGUUGAUCUUUCAGAGGUUGAAUGGGAAGACAGGGAUGAUGUGCUUCGCAAUGCAAUGGUGAACCGGAAAACAGCAAAAUUCUCCAUGGAAGUGAAGAAAACAGUGGACAAGGGGAAGCGGGUUUUGGUGAUGACAAAUGACUACUAUUACACAGACAUCAAGGGGACUCCUUUCAGUUUAGGUGUCGCUCUUUCUAAAGGACACGGCAAAUAUUUCUUCAGAGGAAAUGUUUCAAUAGAAGAAGGGUUGCAUGAUUUAGAGCAGCCUGAUGUAUCUUUGGCAGAUGAAUGGUCAUAUUGCAAUACCGACUUGCAUCCUGAGCACCGCCAGAUGAGUCAGUUGGCAGCUAUUAAAAACUACCUCACAGGAAAAGAGCCAUUGCUUCAGUGUGAUAAAGAAUUAAUACAAGAAGUGCUGUUUGAUGCAGUAGUGAGUGCACCAAUAGAAGCUUAUUGGACCAGUCUUGCACUAAACAAAUCAGAAAAUUCAGACAAGGGAGUAGAAGUUGCUUUUCUCGGAACUCGAACAGGUUUUUCUCGUGUCAAUUUGUUUGUGGGUCCAGAACAGCUAACUAACCAAGACUUCUUGACAGCUGAAGACAAGGAGAAUAUUUUCAAUGCUGAUCACUUUCCACUUUGGUACAGAAGAGCUGCUGAACAGAUUCCAGGAAGCUUUGUAUACUCCAUCCCAUUCAGUACAGAAACUGCAAACAAAAGCAACGUGGUGACAGCAAGCACUGCCAUUCAACUUCUAGAUGACAGAAAAUCCCCAGUGGUUGCAGCUGUAGGUAUCCAGAUGAAACUUGAGUUUUUCCAGAGAAAAUUUUGGACUGCCAGUAGACAGUGUACAUCUCUUGAUGGCCGAUGUUCUAUAAGCUGCGACGAUGAGAACAUUAACUGUUACCUGAUUGAUAAUAACGGAUUUAUAUUAGUCUCUGAAGACUAUACUCAGACUGGAAACUUCUUUGGUGAAGUUGAGGGUGCAGUGAUGAACAAAUUGCUAAUAAUGGGCUCCUUUAAAAGAAUUACUCUUUAUGACUACCAAGCCAUGUGUAGAACAACCAAAGAAAGUACCGACAGUGCCCAUAGCUUACUGGACCCAUAUAAAGCCUUCUUUGCUGCAAUAAAGUGGAUAGUGUCUGAACUUGUCUUGUUUCUGGUGGAAUUUAAUCUAUGCAACUGGUGGCACUCAGAUCUAACAGCAAAGGCUCAGCGAUUGAAAUACACCCUGGAGCCAUGUGACACUGAAUAUCCAGCUUUCGUCUCUGAACGUACUAUCAAGGAAACCAUAGGCAGUAUUGAUUGUGAUGACUGUUUAAAGUCCUUCGUUAUCCAGCAAAUUCAAAACAGCAAUCUCUUCAUGGUGGUAGUAAGUAAUGAGUGUAACUGUGAAUCUUUUCCACCAAUUACCAUGGAGCCAAUAGAAAUAAGGUAUAACGAAUCCUUAAAAUGUGAGCGCUUAAAAUCUCACAAAAUUAGGAGACGUCCAGAGUCUUGCCAUGGAUUCCAUCCUGAGGUAUGAUUUUGUUUUAUGAAAUAAAAGUAUAUUUAAAGCAAUUGUAUUUUUAAGGAUACACACAGUGAUCACAGUUACUGUCAGCCCUGGAAUAGUGAUGGUACUGCCUACAUUCGGAACUAAGGGUGAGGAUGGAAAACGGCAAGAUAUUAUGAUCUAAGCCUGCACAAGUUGGUUCCUAGCUUAUAAUUGCUUGUUCUAAAGCAACACUGCUGCAACACUCCAUGGGGAGCAGCAGGAGCACAGCUGAACUCUGGGCUCUGGAAGAAGCUUGGAGGCAACAGGAAUUUGGUUUGGUUUGGUUUAGUAGACCCACAUUUUUUCAAAAAAACAAAAAGUUGAUAUGGGGAUUCACCUCUGUGCCUGCUGCCUCCCAGUUCCACGUGGAAUUAUUAGAGCUUAACAGAGUUCAACUCCCAGAACCCAGCAUUAAGCCCUGUUCCCAUUGCGUCACAGCUCCAGGUAGCAGCAUUGACAGUGGGUCCAAAGUGGUCCGAAUCAUGCUAUAUUUGGAAUCCAGUUACCUUUACAUUUCUGCCUUUUUUUCAGGUGAAGAAACCCAUUCCAAAAUACUGAAAGAUCUCUAAUAGUACAGUUCUGGGAAGAGGGCACAAAACCUCUCAGGAGGCAGUGUGAUCUUGGCACCAGCACAAAUGCCUUUUGCAUAAAUGCCUCUUGCACCUGUGUAAGGGGCAUUUACAUUUAUGCAGAGGCACUUAUGCUGGUGAUGGGAAGUUGCACAACAGCACAACACUUGGGUUCUAGUGCCACUGCAGUGCCUAUGCUCCUCUGGUGCAAAAGCUGGCACCAGUGUCAGUGAGGGCAUUCCUGGGGCAGGCUGUCUUUAGUCAGCUUCUUGUGCCCUUUCAGUCCAUGAAUGCCCUAAUUUGCUGGUGGAGAGUUAUGGCAGCAAAAAGGUAGGCAUAGCACGUUGAGCUGCAUAGAACUGUUUCACAGCGAUUGGGGGAGUGUCUCUCUCAGUUUGCUGGCCAUGGUGAAGCAAACCUCUUUGGAGACAAGGUGGCUGCAUGUGGCUGCACUGUUUCCAGCCGUGGCACAACUACCCCCAUUAAGAGUGCACUGCUGAACUACCUUGCAAUCAGAAGCUGCAUUUUUCUGAGCACUUACUGAGAAAAAUCAGGAGUCCAUACCAAGUGUAAGGAAAACAUCCACUGACUUUUUAAAAAAAUUGGUUUCCUUCCCUCUUUUAAAAAAUGGUAAAGCCCUGCUGGUCUGCCAGCAGGAAGGGCUACUUGGGGAGUGUCUUUAAACCCAAACUGGAUGUUGUGGCAGCACUUUCAGCCAUGAAACUUAGGACAAAGGUGCAUGUUUACCCCGCUCCUGACCUUGGUUGAAAAAGGUUGAGUUAGAAAUUUAAUUAAUUAAUUAACUAAUUAAUUAAAAUAGAUAGAUAGAUAGAUAGAUAGAUAGAUAGAUAGAUAGAUAGAUAGAUAGAUAGAUAGAUAGAUAGAUAGAUAGAUUGAUUGAUUGAUUGAUUGAUUGAUUGAUUGAUUGAUUGAUUGAUUACUGGGCUUGGAGAACCACACCUGGAGAACUUGGGUUUCCUAAAACCAUACAACAGCUACUGGGAAUGACUUUAAAAACAUAAAUAAAGGAGACCCCUAACAGACUCUGAAUGUUUACACUGCGGGGAGGAAGAACUCCUGCCUUACGCAAUUCAUUUUCCUGUGUGAAAACAGCACUGGGGGGGGGGAGGUAUUUAAAGUCAGUGUAACAAAAUUAGCUAAUUUGACUUGCAAUAUUAGAAUAAAAAAAAAGACUUGCCCAUUUAUGAAUUUUUGCUGAAGACUUAAAAUAUUUUGAAAUAUUAGUUGGUAUCCUGGAGAGUUGUGAGAGAGUGUAAGUCCAAUUUAGGUAUUUUGUGGUUUUCACAAAUUCUUUGAUUACGCAAUAUUAGUAUUACUAUAACUGUUUCAAUAUGCAAUUUUUCCCAAUGUUUCUCCUUCCUUUCUUACACUAUCCCUGCAAAAAUAGAUUAAUAUUGCAUUUUACAGCUCAUACUGAAAGACUGUAAGUAAUCUAAGGGAAUUAAUCCAUGGCAUAAAUGGGAUUUGAUCACAGGGUCAAAGUAUUAUAUACUAUUUUGCUAUUUCAGGCCUGUACAACUUGUUACCUCCUAAACUGAGUUCAAGUUGACAGGCAUGUCAUGAGCCUGUGUUUUCCCCUCUGUAUUAUUAUUUUUACUGCUGUUAUUUCUUUUUCAUGGUGAAGUGUUGUCUUAUUUUGUUUUCAUCAGUUCUUUUAAUCUGAUUAAAAAUGUGUGAGAAAAACUUAAGGGAGAGAGUUGUCAAGCUCUUGUUAGUCUUCCAGCAUAAAUAGCAGAGCGUGCCUGGCUUAUAAGUUACAAGUUGUAUGAGUUAUAUUAUACUUUGGUUUGCCAACCUCCAGUUGGGAGCUGGAGAACUUCUGGAAUCACAACUGAUCUCCAUAGGGAUCAGUUCCCCUAGAGAAAACAGCCUUGGAGAGUGGACUGUACAGCAUUAUACCUUGCAGAGGGCACUCCCAUCCCCAACCCCCGCCCUCCUGUGGCUCCAUCUCUGAAUCCCCAGGAAUUUUCCAGCCCAGAGAUAACAGCCUUACAGAAGAUCCAUGUAACUUUGAUUGUGGUUUUUAAUGUUCAGAUCUCAAAUUGAUUGUUAUAUUCAGUUGUGCCACAUAGCUACUCUAUGUAUGUGUUGAGAGUAUCAUAAAUGAUUGAAACAUGACACAUCUUUUUUAUCUUUUUUCCUUCCAAAAAAUUAGGAGAAUGCCAGAGAAUGUGGUGGCGUUUUAGGCCUGAGUGCUAAACCUGCUCUUGUUAUGCUUCCUCUGUUUUUGGCUAUUUUCUCAAGGUGACAUUGACUGAUGAGUGAUCACUUGGCAUGCUAAAAUACAUGGAUAAACUGUGAACUGAGAAAUGGUGCAACUUAAAGGACAUGGAAUAUAAUCAAAACAUCAGCAUUUCAUGAUUUUAAACAGUGGGAUGAUAUAAACUCUACAAAUGACGUAAAAAUCAUCUUUUCUUUUGCGUAUCAUGCAAAUAUGGAUUUGCCAUGCAGUAGUCACAGUUCAUCAAGAAAAGGACUUCAGUAGAUAGAAACAGUCAUUACUUUCUGCUUUGUCUCAUCGAAAACAAUUUAAAAUGGUGUACUUUUUCAAUAAAGUAUAUUAAAAUCACA